UUCUGAUUGGAUGUCCGAUGAGCAGCUGGAAUCUCUUUGCUUGAGCGUUGCCAAGGGCGACCGCUUCCAGCACUCCACCGGGGCUGUCGAUUGGCUGCUAUUUUUGCAAAUCGGGCCCCACAAGCGAAAGAAAGAAAGAAAGAAAAAAAGAGUAAAAAAGAAAUAAGGGCAGACAAUGUAAUUUUUCCAAAAAUAAAAAAAUAGGCGAGGAAUUUGACUGACCUGAAGCAACUUUAAAGCCAUUUGCCUCAGGAUUGACUGCCCACCUUCACCAUGAAUUUCAAUCUCCACAUCACCACUCCAGGAAUUAUCUGGAAUUGCUGCCGAGACUAAACAUAAAAUGAGAGGCGGCUCACCGGAGCCUUGAGCAGCAGGCUUAUGAGCUGCACGCUGGGGAUGUCAAUAUGGAGGAUGAGAAGAAGCACCCUGGCUGCUGACACUCGGCCACAGGCCCCCCAGGAGCUCUCCGUGGUCCUGAAAGCGGACGCCUCCAUCACGGCUGGCCCUUCUUAAGGUGGGCAGACUGCACAAUGUAGGCUUACGAGAAACAGAGAGAGCGGCUGGAGCUCCUGAAGGGCUGGACGGCAGAUGGCCCACCUCUAAUGGAAGCCGGACACCUGGCUUUUCUACGAAGAAGACACGACAAGUCGAGCGACAUCAACCCACCUGGACUUGGACGUACCCCACCUCGGUAGGCUGCAGCCGUUCUCGGGUACCUGGGGCUCCAGGGAUGUCAUCUGGCCUGUGCGACUGCUUCCUGCUGCGUCGCCAUGGGGCUGCCACCACCGCCAUCGGUGCCACAGCCGCCACCUCAAGAGGGCCUUCGGGGGGCAGGGAAUCCAAAGCGCACUCUCAGGAAGCCCUCAUGUCCCAGGACCUCGUGUACAGGGAGAUCUCGGUCAACUCCCUCUCGGACCCCCAGCACCAUCUUGCUGAGCCGGCGAGCGAACCGAAGCAGGAGCUUUUCGUUCCCGAUUUUACUCCUUUCCAGACCUCCUCCUUGCUAAUCGAGUCGAGCCACUCCUCAAAAACUCUGGAGAAAUCCAAUGAGAAAAAGAAGAACACAAACAUUGCAAAAGAAAUGAAGACCCGGCUGAGUUUCCUCCUGCAGAGACCUGAUUCUUCUUCUGGUGACCAGAAUAUGCAGUCAGAGAACAGCUUGGAGGUGGCAGAGAGGAGCGGCAGGCCGACCCCUCAUGAAGCUCAGGAGUGGGGACGCUCCCUAGAGGCUCUGCUCUCGUAUCACAAUCAACCUGGACUCCCAGACGCGAGAGGCCAUCACUCACAGCCUGGCUCAUCCCACCAUGUGCUGCUUCAAUGCUGCCCAGAGGCGAGUCUACAGCCUAAUGGAGAAGGACUCCUACCCGAGGUUCUUGAAGUCACAGAUGUACCAGGACCUGAUCGCUUUGGGGCAGAGAUAAAGGAGUUUGUGCCCAGACUCUCAGAGCAAAGUCAGGCCAGGCUGGGCCCAGGACCUUCGGUGGGUGACAUGUUGACAGGGGGUCUCUCUCUCUCUCUCUCUCUCUCUCUCUCUAUUUAUACCGUGCCGUGUAUGAGGGGAGCCGGUUAAAUCCUGCAGCAAGCCUCGAAAUGGUGGCUUCCUAAUGGAGAUAUCAGGACGAGCCUUCCAGGUCUCAAAGCAUCACCUGAAAGCUUUCUGUUGGAGACCUCCGAGAAGACCCAUAAUUCAUCUGCUUGUUUGUUUUUAGCCCCCCAAAUGCAGUUUCAGGGCUACAGGCAGCUGAUGGUCAUUCCAGUAUCAUUAGACCUGUACAAGACUUGGGGGGCCAGCCCAUAGAAAGCGGAAUGAAAAGCUGCCUUCUUCUCAGGAAAUGUGCCGGAGCUGCAAUGGUGGUGGGGGGCUUUGAUGAGCUUCAUGCAGACCCUGCAGUUUCAGUUCAGCUUCUACAAGCUUUUCCAGCAUUGUCAGAUUCAACUUUCCAAGAAGUGUAAUAUGAACCUUCAGCCCCUCAUUAGACUAAUGGAGUGGGCUUCAUCCCCCGUCUGGGAGAAAUGGAAACGAUUAGAGGGGACCUUAACAUCAGUGGGCCAAGGGCCAAGGCGAGGGGCUGUCACCUAACAGCCACACGUAGAGACCCCUUCACUGUCGAUUUCAUUUGAAACACUCAAUAACCCAGAAUGACAAAGUGAGCACCUGUUAACAGAAGUGUUUGCAAAUGUAUUAAAAAUCAAAAACUGAAAUCUGACACUCAUAGACGUGUUCAGAGUCUUCAUUCAGUCCUUUGAAGAAGACCCCUUUUCUCUACAAGCUUUGCGCACCUGGUUUUUGU